AUGGGAGUUCGAUUCAACACUCAAGACAGAUCUCAUAGCGAUUAUGGCGUUGCCAUUAAUGAUAUAACAUCCGCAGUUAUCCAAUGGUUCACGAAGCCUUGGUAUUGGUUCAGUCCCAUUUUCAAUCUUAGUCCAUUAGGGAAAAAAUUUUACAAAGACAUUCACACGAUUCACGAAUUCGACAGAAAGGUAAUUAGAGAAAAGAAACACAAAAUGAUCGAAGAACUGAAAGACAAUCAAACAAUCGACAACUUUCGAGAAGGAAAUGAAGUUACAGGGGUAAAGAAGAGGCGAGCAUUUCUGGAUUUACUGCUUUAUCAUCAUUUAACGGAUAAAAGUCUCAACGAAGAGGAUAUCAGAGAAGAAGUUGAUACAUUCAUGUUCGCAGGACUGGACACAAGCGCAAUGGGAAUUACUUGGUGUUUUUAUCUGCUCGGAUUGCAUCCCGAUAUACAAGAGAAAGUUUACCAGGAGCAGGAAGAAAUUUUUGGUGAAGACAUAAAUAAUUCUAUUACGUCCGAAGACCUAAGAAAAAUGAAGUAUCUGGAAUGUGUUGUCAAGGGAAUAGUGAGAGCUUAUCAGACCAAUGAUGGGCACAAACGAUCCCGAAAGUAA